AUGUCAAAGAAAGGAGGGCAGGCAGCUGUAGCUGCUGCAGCGACAUUCGUCAAGCUUCUCGUUCCCGCAGGCAAAGCAUCAGCGCAGCCACCAGUGGGCCCUGCACUUGGUGCUAAGGGUGUUAAGGCGAUGGACUUUGCCAAGGAGUUCAAUGCAAAGACAGCACAUCUCGAAGUUGGGCUUCCAACACCAGCAAUCGUCAAGAUCAACCCAGACCGCACAUUCUCUUUUGAGAUCAAGACACCACCAACAUCAUUACUGUUGAAGCGAGCAGCAGGAAUCGAGACCGGGGCGGGCAAAGCUGGGUCUCAAGUAGCUGGAACUAUCACGAUGAAACACAUCUACGAGAUCGCCAAGAUCAAGAUGCAAGAUGUUAAGGGUGUUGGAGAGGAGCAGAUGUGCAAGGUUAUCGCUGGAAGCGCGCGCAGUAUGGGACUCAGAAUCCUUCGUUGA